AUGCCUCCUAAGAAGGGCGUCGACGCGCCCGUGAGCGACUUCGAGCGCAGGCGACAAGAGAAUAUGGCCUCAAACCAGAAGAUUCUAGCCGAUGUCGCCGUAGUCGCUAAGAAAGUUAUGCCGGCACCCCAAAAGAAGUCAACGCCAACCCGAUCGAAGACCCGGACUCCUGCGAAACGGGAGCCUGCAAUGCCGACUCGGCAGUCCUCACGACUUGCUGGUCUCGAUGCAGACAAUGAUACCUUAAAGAGAAAACUAGCUGUCGAGGCCGAACACGUCGCGGCGAAAGAGAAGGCUAAAAGGUUGAGAGUAAAUGGUGACCUAAAACUCGACGAUAUUGCUGUCGAAGGCAAGAAGUAUCUCGCUGGUGUAGACGGGUUUAAGGGUCUUGUCCGUGGUGCGCAGCCCGGAGUUCGAACGUUCACGGAGGACGAUGUUAAGGAAACCACCGACAAGGAUUUGAAGGAGCUGCGAAAGCGCAUGGGUGGUUUGAAGUUAUACGAGCACUGGGCCCCCAAUGACAUCAAGAUCACACCCCAACGAGUCUAUGCUCUUGGCCUUCAUCCCACCGAAUCGAAGCCUCUUAUCUUUGCUGGCGACAAAGAAGGCAACAUGGGCGUGUUUGACGCUUCGCAGUCUGCUCCUGAAAUAAGCGAUGAAGACGAAGAUGCGUCUGUGCCUGAUCCUACCAUUUCUGCUUUCAAGAUACACAGUCGCACGAUCACUUCCUUCGUCUUCUCUCAGCAGGACAGCAACUCUGUUUACACAUCUUCGUACGACUCGUCAAUCCGCCGACUAGACUUGAACAAAGAAGAGUCCUACCAGGUGUGGGCACCGUCGGAUCCCAAUGAGGAUCUCCCCAUCUCAGCUCUUGACAUGGCAGAGUUGAGCCCCCAUGUGUUGUACUUUUCUACACUUGAAGGCGGUGUCGGUCAGUAUGACACAAGAACCUCCGAUGACGCUGAAAUCUGGACGCUUUCGGACCAGAAGAUUGGUGGAUUCUCUUUGCAUCCUCUCCAGCCUCACUUGCUCGCGACUGCAUCAUUAGACCGCACACUUAAGAUUUGGGAUCUUCGCAAGAUCACUGGCAAAGGGGACCUACGGCACCCUGCCCUACUUGGAGAGCAUGGCUCGAGACUGUCUGUGUCGCACGCAUCUUGGAGUCCUGGCGGCCAUAUUGCUACUAGCUCUUAUGACGAUACUAUCAAGAUCUACAACUUCCCUGACGCUUCGUCCUGGAAGCCUGGCCAGGACGUCAGCGUCGAACCUACCCAUCAAGUACGCCACAACAACCAGACUGGUCGUUGGGUGACCAUUCUCAAGCCUCAAUGGCAGAAGCGGCCUCAUGAUGGGAUCCAGAAGUUUGUCAUUGGCAACAUGAAUCGUUUUGUGGAUGUUUUUGCUUCAGACGGCAGCCAACUAGCUCAGCUUGAUGGGGAGGGUAUCACUGCAGUACCAGCCGUCGCACACUUCCACCCGUCUCGCGAUUGGGUCGCUGGUGCAACAUCCAGUGGAAAGCUUUGUUUCUGGCAGUGA